AUGAAUUUAUGUGAUAAUUCAGGAUGGGAUAUUGAAGAAUAAUGCUAUUUAGAUACAUUAUUUACAGGUUAUUUACCUAAAUUAGAAAAAAGAAUAUCAGAAAAUAGUAGUCAUAGAAUAAGAACUUUAUCAUAACCAAAAUAAUUUAAUCACUCCAUUAACUCUCUUCAUCAUCAUAGACCUACAUAAAGUUAAGCAUUUUAAAUGAGUUCUUAUAGUGCCAAUUUUUACACUCCUUCUACUACUAAAACUAGAAUUAGUUUCAAAUUCACUCCUACAUUAACAUUAGAUGAAUAAUCAAAAUAAAAAAAUAUUUCAUAAUCUCCAAUUAAAAAGAAACCAAAAUAUACUAUUAUAAAUAUGAGUUAAUUACUCUCAGUGACCCCUAAAGUUAAAAUACAUUAAGAUUCAUUGAAUAAAGUGCUUGAGAGAUUUUCCAAUAAAAAAAGAUGA